AUGCGAGGUAAGACUCCACAAGAGGACUUACUUUUUGAUCCAGAAAUAGAAAAAACUGCUCGUAAGAACAACAGCAAAAACAAAAAAAGAAAACAACAAGCCAGACAAAGACAGCAGCAAGAAGGAACUUCUGCUCCUAUUUCUCCAAUACCUUCUAUUCCUGAAGAAACAAUGACAGAACCUGGAGAUCCUCCCACCCCUGGGGUUUGUAACAACAGCCCGAGACGUUUGGCUCACUUGGCGAGACCAAGAGCUGGAGCCAGACAAACCGAAAUGAAAACUGGCUUUUUGCAAUUGUUAUAUGCUAACCCUUUUGCAGGUUUACCACAUGAAGACCCAUACAAUCACCUUGUCAAGUUCGAUGAGAUAGCUGGUUCACUUGGAGCCACUGAAGCAGAGGAAGAAUCAGUAUUUCAAAGGGGGUUCCCACAUUCGUUGAUCGGUAAAGCAAAAGAAUGGUACCUUGAUCAACCUACUAAUGUUAUGACCAAUUGGAAUACCCUCGAGGAGAAAUUUCUUGAAAGAUUCUUUCCACACCAUAAGUUCAUGGAGGCCAAAACAUCUAUUGCGGUGUUCGCUCAAAGUACAAAUGAAACUCUAAAUGAAGCCUGGGAACGUUACAAAUCUAUGAUACGUAAAUGCCCUAACCAUGGAUUUGAUAAACUAACCCAAAUUCAUAUUUUCAGAAAUGGUCUUUUGCAGGAAUCAAAGCUCCUUUUAGAUGCAACAGCAGGUGGUUCUCUUUUAUCAUUAAGUGCUGCAAAUGCUACAGCAAUCAUUGAAAAGAUGGCACUCAGUGAUCGACAAGGUGAACGCAGCAAAAUUCAAAGGAAGCCAGGAAUUCUUGAACUCGACACAUCAGAUGCUGUUUUGGCUCAAAAUAAACUUCUUACCAACACGGUGGAGGAGUUAUCUAAACAAAUGUCAAAGUUGAUAACUCUUCAAGAAGGGUCGACAAAAGCUAAACAGGUUGCAGCAUGUGAGUUAUGUACCGGAAACCAUCCAACAGGUCAUUGUCCUCCAUCUAACGAGGAAGUGAAUUUUAUGGGAACUCAACAAAGGCAAGGUCAGUACCAAAAUGCUGGCUAUCAAAAAGGUAACAACUCAAACUAUGGUCAAGGUUGGAGGCAAGAUAUUGGCUCAUCAAAUAGGCAAAGACAAUAUGAAAGUUACAGUCAACCACCGGUACAACAAACUCAAAAUUCAAAUUUGGAAGAAACUUUGAGAUCAUUCAUAGAGAUGCAAACCAAACAAAAUCAACAAACUCAAGUCUACCAAAGAGGCAAUGAUGCGGUGUUAAGAAAUCUUGAGACUCAGAUUAGUCAAAUGGCAAAAGAAAUGGCCAAUAACAAAAAUCAAGGAGGAUCGUUUGCAGCCAACACUGAACCAAAUCCAAAAGAGCAAUGCAAGUCAAUAACAACUAGAAGUGGAAAGGAGAUUGGUAAGGGUAUUGGUGAUAACUUGAGAAGAGAGGAGGAGGUUUUAAAAAGAAAAGAAAAAAAGGAAGUAGAAGGAAGUGAGGAAGAAACAGAAGAAAAAAAUAAAGGAGUAUUAGUUGAAAAUGAAAAACAUAAAAAAAAUGAGAAUGAAGGGAAGGUUAGUGAGGAGAAGGAAGACAGAAAUCAGAAGUCAAAGAAUCUAACUACUCAGCACUUGCCUUAUCCUCCAGUUCCAACAAAGAAGGACAAAGAAAGGCAAUAUGCAAGGUUUUUAGAAAUUUUCAAAAGAUUGCAAAUUAAUCUUCCAUUUUCCGAAGCCUUGGAACAAAUGCCCACAUAUGCAAAAUUCAUGAAAGAAAUUCUGACAAAGAAGAGAAAUCUUAAUGAGGAAGAAACUAUCCAGUUAAAUGCUAGCUGUAGUGCUAUUAUUCAAAGGACCCUGCCAACAAAAGAGAAGGAUCCAGGAAGAGUUACAUUACCUGUCACAAUAGGUAAUGUGGAUGUUGGAAAAGCUCUCAUUGAUCUGGGUUCUAGCAUUAAUCUUAUUCCCUUAUCGGUAAUUGAAAGAAUUGGAAGUUUGGAAUUAAGAAAAACAAGAAUGACAUUACAGCUGGCUGACAAGUCUAUUAAGCGUCCAACAGGAAUUGCUGAGGAUGUGCUAGUAAAAGUGGACAAGUUUAUAUUCCCAAUAGACUUUGUCGUGAUGGAUAUAGAAGAAGAUGAUGAUGUGCCAUUGAUCCUGGGUAGAUCUUUCAUGAAAACUGCACGUAUGAUGAUUGAUAUCGAUGACGGGGUAAUGAAGUUAAGAGUUCAAGAUGAGGAGGUUAGCUUUAAUUUAUGGGAAGCCAUGAAGCAUCAAAAAGAGAAAGAUGUCUGUUGUAAGCUCGAUGCUACUGAAGAAGCUAUUCUUGAUGUAAGAAUACAAAUGGACAACCGCUCGACUCUUGAACAAGCCUUGACUGAUGCGUUCAAUGAACUUGAUCCAGACAGAGAGAAUGAAAUUGAAGAUUUUUUGAAAAAGCUUGAUGAUUUUGAAGAAGUAUCUCCUCUUGAAGCCAAAAUAGAUGAAUUGAAGAUUGAUUCAAAUGAACCAAAACCGGUGGAAGUAAAGCUCGAAUUAAAGACAUUGCCGUCACACUUGAAGUAUACCUUUCUUGAAGAAGAUAACAAGAAGCCGGUGAUUAUCAGUAGUUCAUUGACAAAUCAAGAAGAGAAGGAGUUGAUCAAAGUUUUGAAAGAAAAUAAAGAAGCAAUUGGGUGGGCUUUAUCUGACUUAAAAGGUAUUAGUCCAUCCUAUUGUAUGCACAACAUCAUGAUGGAAGAUGACUAUAAGCCCGUGGCACAGCCUCAACGUCGUCUGAAUCCAACAAUGAAAGAGGUUGUGAGAAAAGAAGUUUUAAAGUUGCUUGAAGCUGGCAUGAUUUAUCCAAUUUCAGAUAGCACCUGGGUAAGUCCAGUCCAAGUAGUUCCAAAGAAAGGAGGGAUGACGGUGAUCGCAAAUGACAAAAAUGAGUUGAUCCCUUCAAGAAUAGUUACGGGGUGGAGAAUGUGCAUUGAUUAUCGGAGACUCAAUAAAGCCACCAGAAAAGACCAUUUUCCAUUACCAUUCAUGGACCAGAUGCUUGAAAGAUUGGCAGGACAAGAAUUCUAUUGUUUUUUAGAUGGUUAUUCGGGGUACAAUCAGAUCACAGUCAAUCCCGAAGAUCACGAGAAAACAGCCUUCACAUGUCCCUUUGGUGUCUUUGCGUACAGACGAAUGCCAUUCGGGUUGUGUAACGCUCCAGCAACAUUUCAAAGAUGUAUGCAAGCUAUUUUUUCUGAUUUGAUUGAGAAAUGCAUUGAAGUGUUUAUGGAUGAUUUCUCGGUGUUUGGCCCCUCUUUUCAUGGCUGUUUGAAGAAUUUGGACACCGUUCUGAAGCGAUGUGUGGAAACUAACUUGGUUCUUAAUUGGGAGAAGUGUCACUUCAUGGUAACGGAAGGCAUCGUGUUAGGCCACAAAAUUUCUGCAAAAGGUAUUGAGGUGGAUAAGGCAAAAGUUGAAGUAAUUGAAAAGCUUCCACCACCAGUCAAUGUGAAAGGAAUCAGAAGUUUUCUUGGCCAUGCAGGAUUCUACCGGCGAUUCAUCAAAGACUUCUCCAAAAUUGCAAAGCCUUUAAGCAACCUGCUUAAUAAAGAUAAGUCUUUUAACUUUGAUAACUCUUGUUUAAAUGCUUUUGAAGAAUUAAAAAUGAGAUUGACCACUGCACCCAUAAUCAUAGCACCCGAUUGGACACUUAAAUUUGAACUUAUGUGCGAUGCUAGUGAUUAUGCGGUUGGUGCAGUCCUUGGUCAAAGAAAGGACAAAUUUUUUCAUGCUAUACACUAUGCAAGCAAAGUACUAAAUGAAGCUCAAAUUAAUUAUGCAACAACAGAAAAAGAAUUGCUUGCAAUAGUGUAUGCGCUGGAAAAAUUUCGUUCUUAUUUAAUUGGUUCAAAAAUUGUUGUAUACACUGACCAUGCAGCUAUCAAGUAUCUCAUCACAAAAUCUGAUUCCAAGCCAAGACUCAUUAGAUGGAUGCUCUUGUUGCAAGAGUUUGAUCUUGAGAUCAAAGAUAAGAAAGGUACAGAAAAUUUGGUAGCUGAUCAUUUGUCAAGAUUGGUGAACAAAGAGGUGACCAAGCAUGAGCAUGAAGUUCGUGAGGAGUUUCCAGAUGAAAAAUUACUAAUGAUGCAGGAAAGGCCGUGGUUUGCUGACAUGGCUAAUUAUAAAGCUUCUGGAUUGAUUCCGGAAGAUUUAAAUUGGCAUCAAAAGAAGAAAUUCCUCCGUAAUGCAAAUCAAUAUGUUUGGGACGAUCCGUAUCUGUUCAAAAUAGGAGCUGAUAACUUGUUAAGAAGAUGCGUUACUACUGAGGAGGCCACUAGCAUUCUAUGGCAUUGCCACAAUUCACCAUAUGGGGGUCAUUACAAUGGAGAAAGGACAGCUGCAAAAGUGUUACAAUCAGGGUUCUUUUGGCCAACAUUGUUUAAAGAUGCAUAUCAACAUGCUCAGAAAUGUGACAAAUGUCAAAUGACGGGUGGAAUUUCAAAACGGAAUGAAAUGCCAUUACAAAACAUUCUUGUGGUUGAGGUGUUUGAUUGUUGGGGCAUUGACUUUGUCGGCCCAUUUCCUUCAUCAUUCUCAAACGAAUAUAUACUUGUGGCAGUAGAUUAUGUAUCAAAGUGGGUUGAAGCAAUUGCAUCACCUAAAGCUGACGGCAAGACGGUGAUAAAAUUUCUCAAAAAGAACAUUUUUACUCGCUUUGGAACUCCUCGGGUGCUCAUAAGUGACGGAGGGUCACAUUUUUGUAAUUCACAACUGGAGAAAGCCCUUGAAAACUAUGGAGUCAGACACAAGGUUGCAUCCCCAUACCAUCCGCAAACAAAUGGGCAGGCAGAAGUUUCAAACCGUGAGAUAAAACGGAUUCUUGAAAAGACGGUUUCUACAUCAAGAAAGGAUUGGUCUUCAAAACUUGAUGAUGCAUUGUGGGCAUACAGAACUGCUUUCAAGUCACCAAUAGGUCUCACCCCUUUCCAGAUGGUAUACGGCAAAGCAUGUCACCUGCCAGUCGAGUUGGAACAUAAAGCCUAUUGGGCUUUGAAAUUUCUUAACUUUGAUCCAUGUUUUUCAGGAGAUAAGAGAAAAUUGCAGCUACAUGAACUUGAGGAAAUGAGAGCUCAAGCUUAUGAGUCCUCCAAAUUGUAUAAAGAAAAAGUCAAGAGUUACCAUGAUAAAAAAAUUCUCAGUAAAGAAUUCAAGCCCGGGCAAAUGGUUCUUUUGUUCAAUUCAAGAUUAAAAUUGUUUCCCGGGAAAUUAAAAUCAAAAUGGUCCGGACCUUUUAGAAUCAAAGAAAUAAAACCCUAUGGUGCAGUUCUUUUGGAGGAUCCAAAGACAAAGGAUACAUGGACUGUCAAUGGACAAAGGCUCAAGCUCUAUUUUGGUGGCGAAUUUGAUCGGUUCACCACAAAAAUGCCACUUUCCGAUCCAUAAUUUCAACGAAAAGGCGUCGAGCUAAUGACGUUAAACAAGCGCUUGUUGGGAGGCAAC